AUUUUUUGAUGAGAAGCUCAGGGAUCAUUCUAUUUCUACCCCUUUCUCCUUCAUUCAUUAAUCCGGCUUGUCCUCCCUAAGCAAUCCAGCAUUCUGCAGUACCCGCGGGAUUCUUCUGUCUUCGUUUUUCUACACUCCCUCCGACAAACAAACCAACCAUAAAAACCGAAUAUCUGCCUCGAAACUCCAACUGCAAUUCCCCCAGAUGGCUGGAACCCCGAAACCUCCAUCCUCUCCCGAAGUGCAAAAUGCCUUAGCCCGCGCCAGAGAGUCUGAUUCUGGUCCUGACGCUGAUACUAUGGCUAUACUUGAAGGCUCCGUCCACGGUCUAUGGCACCGUAUCCGAAAUGAGCCGGAAUACGUGCUCAAUCAAAAGGAAUUCGCCUUGUUCAACUACUUUAUUAUACGCUAUAAAAAGGAGCCUGAGUGUAAAAGAGCCGUGGAGCAGUUUUGGAAUCAUUAUCGCGCAGACGACUCGGCCACCAACGGGAGCAAGACUUAGUGACUGUGUUGCGCUCGUCAAAUAGCCGUUCCUAUGCCUACACCACCUUCAGGCCCAAGGCUCCGAGAGAGAAAAAAAUAAUUGUGGGCGCCAAGCCAUGAUUAAGCUUGACAGUCGGAUCAAGUAGAUAAUCUUGCGCUCAGAAACAGGCGCUCAGCAAUUCCCCGUCAACGACCUCGUCGUCUGCCAAAACAAACAAGAAACUGGGAGGUGGCAGGAGGGCGACGGAAUGAGACUCGAU